UCAUUCAAUAGCGCGAUCUGCCACGCUUUUCCUGGAAAGAUUUUAAUAUAGCCGUGGAUCCUUACAUCAGCGUGUGGUGACGACUGAGAAAAUAUUUACACGCGUUCCGCUUCAGCGCGUCCAGUAAAACCCAGCCCAACAGGAGCUCCUGGCGCCCGAGCGAGGUAUCUUACAGGAGCCCCAAGAAAAAAAGCGCAAGGCAGAGACGCAGCUGAGGCAUCGCGGUUUGGAUUCUUGGCUGAGGGAGAGAAAGGCAUCGGUCGCCUUUACAGAUUGUCAAACUCAUUGUGUGGCUGCUCACUUAGCUCCAAAGUUCAAACUCCAGGAUAAGUUCUCUAAAUCAAGAUGCCUUUCAAAAUAACACUAGAAUUAACUGAGAUGCAAAAUAUGAAGCUUCGUGAGGAUGACAACAUUAGCAAUGAUUCUAAUGAUUUUACAGAAAUAGAAAAUGGACAAAUGAAUAGCAAGUUCAUUGCAGACCGCGAAAGCAGAAGAAGCCUAACUAACAGCCAUUUGGAAAAGAAGAAGUGUGAUGAAUAUAGUCCAGGCACAACGUCUUUGGGAAUGUCUGUCUUCAACCUUAGUAAUGCUAUCAUGGGCAGUGGAAUAUUGGGUCUUGCCUUUGCUCUGGCCAACACAGGAAUUGUACUCUUUAUGUUGCUUUUGAUUUCAGUGACACUGCUCUCCAUUUAUUCAAUAAAUGUCUUGUUAGCAUGUGCAAAGGAAACAGGUUGUAUGGUUUAUGAAAAACUUGGAGAACAUGUUUUUGGCACGCCAGGAAAGAUUAUUGUUUUUGGAUCUACGUCUCUUCAGAACACUGGAGCUAUGUUGAGCUACCUCUUUAUAGUUAAAAAUGAGCUGCCUGCUGCCAUAAAGUUUCUUAUGGGAGAAGAUGAUACAUUUGUAGCCUGGUAUGUGGAUGGGCGAGUUCUGGUCGUAGCUGUGACCUUUUUAAUAAUUCUUCCUCUAUGCCUUCUGAAAAAUUUGGGCUAUCUUGGCUAUACUAGUGGAUUUUCCCUGACAUGCAUGGUAUUUUUUCUCGUAGUGGUCAUAUACAAGAAAUUUCAGCUUUCUUGUCCUUUUCUGGACAGAAAUGCAACAGAUGCUACCUUUUCCAAUUUUAGCUUUGGCAUGGAGGCAUGCAGACCAAAGUAUGUUACAUUUAAUUCUAAGAGUGUGUAUGCUUUGCCUACCAUUGCAUUUGCAUUUGUGUGCCAUCCGUCAGUCCUUCCAAUCUACAGUGAACUUAAAGAUCAUUCCCAGAAAAGAAUGCAGAUGGUUACAAAAAUAUCUUUCUUUGCCAUGUUUGUCAUGUACUUUUUAACUGCUAUUUUUGGCUACUUGACAUUUUAUGAAUCUGUACAGUCAGAUUUGCUUCACAAAUACCAGAAUAAGGAUGACAUCCUUGUCUUAACUGUUCGUGUUGCCGUCAUUGUUGCAGUCAUACUCACAGUCCCCGUGUUGUUUUUCACUGUUCGUUCAUCUAUAUUUGAGCUUGCUAGAAAAACCAAAUUUCAUUUAUGCCAACACAUUGUAGUUACAUUGAUCCUUUUGAUGAUCAUUAACCUGUUGGUUAUUUUUAUACCUUCCAUGAAGGAUAUUUUUGGAGUUGUAGGAACAACAUCUGCCAAUAUGUUAAUUUUUAUUCUUCCAUCUUCACUCUAUUUGAAAAUCACCCAUCAAGAUGCUUCAAAACUGAUUCAGAGAAUUUGGGCUUCCCUCUUUUUGGCAUUAGGGAUUUUAUUUUCCAUGGUAAGCAUUCCUCUUGUCAUCUAUGAUUGGGUGCAUUCAAGACAAUGCCACUGAAGUUGUGUACUCUAUGAGAUGAAAGUGUUGAAGUAGAUAAAUAACAAGAACAAUGUGUCUAUAACCAAUUCUGAAAAGGAGCAGCAAUGGCCUAGCUUUUCACCAAGAUACAUUUUCUAUCUCCUGCUCCCACUUUUAUCCUGUUCAGUUCUAUCUGGUCACAGAUUUGAAGCUUACAAAUUACAUUGCAUACAGUAGCACAUUUCUAAGAGCACAAGCAACGGGCUGCCAUGAUUUAUUCCUGUGAGAUACUUUUUCUAUCAUCCAGAAGUAGAAUGGAAUCCUUUGGUAGUGCCGCUUCAUGUUCCUUGCUAACCUUUCCCCAUCUGAUGUCCUCUGCUCUGUGUCAGACCCACGGAUCUUUGAAUUCCCAGCCAGAAAGGCCGAAAGCAUCAUAUUGUAGAAAGGCUGACUGGCUAUAAUAAAACUGGGUGUAGCAUCAAAAAUAUUAUUGUACUUAAGACCAAAGAAGUAAGCACCAUGUUAAAGAGCAUUGACAGGUCAUUUGAACAUAGUUUUGUUUGAUCUGUUUUGGGAAAUCAUAAGUAGAACGCUAUAUCCUCAGAACAAAAAAUAGUCUUUCUUGCUCAAUUGGUUGCUUUUUUAGAUAUAUAUUGUUUAUAUAUAUUGUAACAUUUUAAAAUCUGUGGAAUCUUCUGUUCAAUGUUUUAAUGAUGCUCCGCUGAAAUUUAUAUAUGUUUCCAAAUCUUAUUUUAUGAGUAUAAAUGUGUAGGACUCGAUAGAACAUUACUGUUAAAAAAGAGCACACAUUUUUUGCAGGUUAAAAAAACUGUCACAUUUUAAAAUAGUCCAUUAUUAAUUGUCUUGGGUGCUGCAGUUAACCAAACAAAAUCCAUUUAAAAGUAUUUUUCUUCCAUCAGAACUAAUUGUAUACUGUUAACACUAAAUCAGACUUCUGAAUUUCUAGACUAUGAUUUAAGAGUAAGAACCACCAGUAGUGUUUUGUUUUUGUUUGGAGAGGGGGUUUUUUGGGUUUCCUUUGCUCUGGCUUACAUUACAACUUUCUCUGUAUUGUUCAUAUUUAAUGAUAUAUGUAAAUAAAGUUGAG